GGCUUAUUUUUCAAAGUAAUUUGGUAGCUGGAUUGAAAUCUGUGGUAGCCCUCUUCUUGUCUGCUACAUAUCCAAAGGAAGUAGGGAACAAUGUUUAUAAAGUAGCAUGCAGGUUGGUACCAGUUAUACAUGAAUUCAGUAGGCAGACAAAACCAUGUGGUUUCAAACAAGCAAAUGUUCCCACCUCAUUGCCUCUUCAUCAAGGAACUUUAUGCAGCAGAUAAUUCUCCACAUAUCAUCUCUCUAUAUAUAAAGCAAACACAGCUCCUCUCCUUCAAAGCAUCAACUUAAGCUUCUUUCUUUCCCAAGUCCUUUGAAUUCUUUUCUUCCUUCUUUGAUCUUCAGUAUCAAGACACCAUGGGUUUCCGAUUUCCUAAAAUUGCUAGCACAAAGACAUCAGAUAUACCAAAGGGCUACUUUGCGGUCUAUGUUGGUGAGAGCCAGAAGAAACGAUUUGCUGUUCCAAUAUCAUAUUUGAACCAGCCUUUGUUUCAGGAUUUACUGACUCAAGCUGAAGAAGAAUUUGGAUACCAUCAUCCAAUGGGUGAUCUCACAAUUCCUUGCAGCGAAGACACCUUCAUUGAUUUCACUUCCCGCUUAAGUGUGUAAGUAAACACUAACGAAGCAGAUCCUGGAUCCAAAAUAUCCUGAUUUCAAAACUCGUUGCUUAGUCAAGAUGAAGAAGCUUCAGUUGACAGUUUGAUCAUCCACAGAAUCAAAUCACUCUUGUGUGGAGGGGAAACCAGCCCGCUGUACUGCUUCUGUGCAGAAGAGGGCUUUCCAAAUU